AUGAUGCGCCACACUGUGUCCCAGGCCAUGGCCAGCCUCCGUGGCCGCGUCCUCCCGACUAGCCACGCCAUCACCGCUGUAGCACUGCUCGGUGCUCCCUCGCUCGCUAACCCGUGCCGCUUUGCCUCCUCGGCAACCGCGCUGCCGCUGGUGGACCGGGAUGCCAUCAUCAAGGCUGUGACGACGAAGGCUGUCUUCGACAAAAAGAUUGUCGAGUCGCUCACAAACACCUUUGUGAGCGGACUCGAGAAGUCGAGCUACACACGCAACUUCUCGCAGGCGGAGAUGAUUGACCACGUGCAGGGCCUGCUGACGGCGGAGGCGCGCUUCCGCAUGGGUGACUCCUUCGAGUACGUUCACGAGAACCAACGCACCGCCUUCUAUAUCUGCUACAAUGAGCCUCAGAAGAAGCUGCGCAUGCUGCGCAAGAUGGCGCAGUUUGUGUCCCUCAACGAAGAUCCCAACCUCGGCAGUAACACACACCACUACGUCAGCGAAGACCGUAAGUUUGCCAUCUACACCGCCUCCACCGAGGCCUUCAUCGAGAACUGGGGCGAGGAGGAGCACGUCAACCCCAAAAAUCCAGCACUGCCGACGCAGACGGCAUUUAGGCAGCUGACAGGGGAGCAGAAGGAAAUUAUCCGUGGCCUGCUACGCCGCCAGCUCAGCUCUGUGUUCCCGCUCUUCCACGUUGAGGAGGUCGAGAAGGGCCACGUGUCCUUCACGAUGGCCACCAUGGUCGAGCGCACGAACUAUGUCGCCUCGCUGCUGUCCAUCUUUCAGGAGAUCGCCGGGGCUGAGGUCAUGACGAGUGUUUCCUACAGCUUCUCGAACGGGGUGCAGGUGUAUGGGUUUGAGAUCCAGGGCGCGACGGCUGAGCAGAUAGAGGAGCGUGCCUCGCUGGUUGGACUUCUGCCGAACCGCCCCUUCAAAGCCCUCACGUGCCUGCACGAAGCCGGCGCGCUGUCAUGCGAGGAGACCGUGUUUAUUGACGCAGCCGUCAUCUUUGCCAUGUACUUCACUCCAAGCCCGACGACAGACGACUACCGUCACCUCAAGACGAUCCUGGCGAAGGAGCCGAAUGGCGUGAACCGGCUGAACAACCUGCGCGGCUCUCUGACGCAGGAGGUCAUGUCGGAGCGCUACACCGGCUCCGUCAUCGCCCUCUACCCGGAGUUUGUGAAGCUCAUCUACGACGACUUCAGGCUUGGCUCCACGCCCGAGCGCCGCGCUGCCAUUGCUGAGAAGAUUACACACCGCCUACGCGAGGAUGACCGUCCAGAGUACGACCGCACCCUCUUCAUGAGCUUCCUCAAGUUCAACGAGGUGAUCAUCAAGCAUAACUUCUGUAAGACGGAGAAGGCUGCACUCGCCUUCCGGCUGGACCCGACGUUUCUAAAGGAGCUCGAGUUCCCGCGUGUGCCGCACGGCGUGUUCCUCUUCGCUGGCGGGCAGUGGCGUGGCUUCCACAUCCGCUUCACCGACAUCGCGCGCGGCGGUGUGCGCAUGAUCAUCUGCAAGGAGCGCGACUACCGCAAGAACAAGCGCUCCGUCUUCCAGGAGAACUACAACCUCGCCCACACACAGCUGCUGAAAAACAAAGACAUCCCGGAAGGUGGCAGCAAGGGGACCAUUCUCGUCUCCAGCCGUUACCUGAACAAGUUCGAUGAGGUUCGCUGCCAGCACAUCUUCCUCCAGUACGUCGAUGCCAUGCUCGACCUAAUCAUCCCUGGCGAAAAGGGCGUCGUGGACAGCCUCAAGUCGGAGGAGAUCAUCUUCCUCGGCCCGGAUGAGAACACCGCCGGCACCUUCCCGGCCGCUGGCGCGCUCUACAGCAAGGGGCGUGGCUACAAGGCGUGGAAGUCCUUCACGACGGGCAAGGACCCCGAGCUGGGCGGCAUCCCGCACGACGUGUACGGCAUGACAACGCACAGCGUGCGAGCCUACGUAACAUCCAUCUACGAGAAGCUCGGGCUCAAGGAGUCGGAGAUGCGCAAGUUCCAGACCGGCGGCCCGGAUGGCGACCUUGGCUCGAACGAAGUGCUGCACAGCAAGGAGAAGAUGAUCGGCAUGGUGGAUAUCUCGGCCUCGCUCCAUGACCCGACGGGUAUCAACCGCAAGGAGCUUUCCCGCCUCGCCCGCCACCGUCUGCCGCUGCGCGAGUUCGACCGGAGCAAGCUGUCGCCGGAGGGAUUCCUGGUGCUGACGGAGGACCGCAAUGUGAGGCUGCCCGACGGCACUCUCAUCGGGGACGGCGCUCGCCUGCGUGAUGAGUUCCACUUCCUCAAGUACUCCGACGCGGACGUCUUCGUGCCGUGCGGCGGCCGCCCGCACAGCGUGACACUCGAAAACGUUGGCAGGUUCCUCAAGGUCCCGGACGCGGACGGUGAGUCCAUGAUGAGCGACAAGUACACGAACCUGUCGCCAGAGCAGCUCAAGUUUAAGAUAAUUGUAGAAGGUGCCAACCUGUUCAUCUCGCAGGACGCCCGUCUGGCGCUCGAGAAGUGCGGCGUCACGCUCAUCAAAGAUGCCUCCGCGAACAAGGGUGGCGUGACAUCCUCCUCGCUGGAGGUGUUUGCCGGGCUCUGUCUCUCGGACGAGGAGCAUGCCAAGUACAUGUCCGCCAAAAGCGCAGCGGAUGCACCGGAUUUUUACAAGAAGUAUGUGCAAGAGAUCCUCGACCGGAUUGAGGAGAACGCGAAGCUCGAGUUCAACGCCAUCUGGCGCGAGUGGGAGAAGGACCCGCACCAGUCCAAGACACUUAUCGCUGAUGCGCUGAGCAAGAAGAACGUGCAGAUCCGCUCCAACAUCCUGAGCAGCGACAUCUUCCAGAACGACGACCUGGUCCGCUAUGUGAUGGCACAAUACGCGCCAAAGACUCUGAAAGAGGUGGUGCCGGUGGAUGUGAUGCUAAAGCGCGUGCCGAAGAACUACCAGCACGCGAUCUGCGCUAUGUGGCUGGCCUCUCGCUACGUCUACCAGACUGGUGUGGACAGCAACGAGUUCGACUUCUUCCGCUACAUGACUGAGGUCUACACCAACGUGGCAAAGUGGGUCAAGUAG